GCCCCUCAGGUACUGGUGUGUGCAUCCCAGUGGGGCAGGUGAGGGAGAUGGGGACAGAGACACAGAAGAAAGUCACCUCGCAUAUAAAAGGAGGGGGUGGGGCUCUGCCCCUGGAACUUCCUCUUUCUCUGAGUUCUUCCUUUCUCUUCUCUCUCGGCCUCUCCCUAUCUGCCUCACGGUCUUUCUUUCUGCCUGCGUCUCCCUACUGCCACCACCCCUUCUGUCCUGUCCCUCCCACUGUUCUCUCACACCUCUAGAAGAAGAUGUCAGCCCAGGACAGCUGCCUCAGCCUCAUCAAGUACCUCCUCUUCGUUUUCAACCUCUUCUUCUUCGUCCUAGGCAGCCUUAUUUUCUGCUUCGGCAUCUGGAUACUCAUCGACAAGACCAGCUUCGUGUCCUUUGUGGGCUUGUCCUUCAUGCCCUUGCAGAUCUGGUCCAAGGCCCUGGCCAUCUCAGGAAUCCUCACCAUGGGCCUUGCCCUCCUGGGCUGUGUGGGGGCCCUGAAGGAGUUCCGCUGCCUCCUGGGCCUGUAUUUUGGGACACUGCUGCUCCUGUUUGCCACACAGAUCACCCUGGGAAUCCUCAUCUCCACUCAGAAGGUCCAGCUGGAGCGGAAAGUGGAGGACGUCGUGCUGAAGACGAUCCAAACCUACCGAGCCCACCCGGAGGAGACGGCUGCGGAGGAGAGUUGGGACUACGUGCAGUUUCAGCUGCGCUGCUGCGGCUGGAACUCUCCUCAGGACUGGUUCCGUAUCCCCAGCCUGAGGAGCAACGAAUCGAGAGGGCACCGCGUGCCCUGCUCCUGCUAUAACUCAUCGGCGACCAACGACUCCGCAAUCUUCGAUAAGAUCUCCUUCCCUCCGUUCAGCCGGCUCGGACCACUGGCGCGGCCCCGACACAAUGCAGACAUUUGCUUGGUCCCCGCGAACAGCUACAUCUACCGCGAGGGCUGCGCACGGAGUCUCCAGAAGUGGUUGCACAACAACUUCAUCUCCAUAGUGGGCAUUUGUCUCGGCGUGGGUCUACUUGAGCUAAGCUUCAUGACGCUCUCCAUAUUCCUGUGUAGAAACCUGGACCACGUCUACGAUCGGCUCGCUCGGUACCGCUAGGCCCCGCCCUUCCCGAAGCCCCGCCCCGACCCCCUCAAGUACCCUGGGCAUUUAGUU